AUGGCCAGGACUUGGCUGCUGCUUCUCCUGGCCUUCGGGUGUCCAGCUCUGCCCAUAGAUCUUAUUUCCUUCCCUUCCUCCCCAGCGGUAACCACUCUCCUGAGGCUGGCACAACAAGGUGUGGGCGGCACACCCUUCCCCUCUCUGGCCCCACCAAUCACGCUGCUGGUGGAUGGGAAGCAGCAGACGCUGGUGGUCUGCCUGGUCCUCAAUGUUGCACCCCCUGGCCUUGACAGCCCCAUCUGGUUCUCAGCUGGCAAUGGCAGCUCGCUGGACGCCUUCACCUACGGCCCUUCCCCAGAGGCUGACGGCACCUGGACUAGCUUGGCCCAGCUCUCCCUGCCCUCUGAGGAGCUGGCAGCCUGGGAAAACUUGGUUUGCCACACUGGGCCCGGGGCCGGCGACCACAGCCAGAGCACACGGCCCCUCCAGCUGUCAGGAGAGACUUCCUCAGCCAGAACCUGCCUCUGGGAGCCUCUCAGGGGGACGCGGGGCCAGGCGCUGCGGCUGGGGGCGCUGCGACUGCUGCUUUUCAAGCUGCUGCUGUUUGACGUGCUCCUGACCUGCAGCCGCCUCCGUGCCCUGCCCUCCACGCUGGGGGACUCCCGGCUCCCCGCGCCCCCCAGGGCCCCCCUGGAGCCCCGCCGUCUCCCGCAGCAGCCUUCAGCUCCAGCCACCUGGAUUCGCCGCAGUGCUGGGGGGACGGCAGGCCCGGGGCUCACCCUGUCGCUGCAGCCCCGCCUUCUCGGCUGGGAGUCCAGGAGCCCGGUGUGGGAGGAGGGGACGCUCCCUACCCACCGAGCCUGGGCCUGGUGCUUGUGAGUCACCCUGAAUUCCUGCCUCAAGCCUUGCAAUCUUUGUGUGUGACCUGCCUCCUAUUGCAGAUGGAAAUUUCCGGCGCUGGGGUUUGUCUCCCGCCUCGGAUUGAGGGCCUUCUGAGGGAGAAGGCUGUAUCUCUCCCAUCAGACCGGGAGCCGCUUGAGGGUGGGGAUCCACAGGUACAGGGACCCUUGAGGUGCAGAGAACUGAGAACAAUUAAAGGGGAACUUAAAUGACACAAACAAAUGAAACAUAUUUUAAUUCACGUCUGCCCUGGGAGGAGGGGAUUUGGCAGAGUUUUAAGAAGCAGAAAUCUGGGAGGGCUCCCUUGAGGAAGAGGGCUUCCUGAGGGUGAGACUCUGGGAACUGUAGAGUGAUGCCAGGGUUUGGGGGAGAUGCUGUCCUACCUCUGUCUCCUCCGCAGGCAGGCAUGGGGUGAGGCUCCCUCUCUGUCUCCCCAUCCUGACCCAGCCUUUGCAAGAGGUCAGGACGAGGAGCCCAGGAAGCCAGGAAGAUGGGGUGCUGGGCCUGAUGUGAAGUUUUGUACAGACUUGACAGAAAUGAACAGGGCCAGGAUCCCAGGGUAACAGGAUCAUAUACAAUGCCAAGAGCAUGGAUAUUAAUUACAAACUUACACCUUAUUAAUCAGUUAAGGGUCAUUAUUCAUUUAACAAAUAUUCAUUGAGCAUCAACCCUGAGCCAGGCACUAAAGAGUCUUUUUGUUUCCUAAAGAGCGUUCUUACACUGAUAGUAUAUGAGGCCCCCACAGUAGAGUGUCUGGCCUCUGUUUCUCCAGCACUGGCAGGAAAUCCAGUCUUUCCAGGGGUUCCUCUCCAGUAAUCAUCCGCAGGAAUCUCUGGGUGCUUUCAUGUGAAUCCAGGUGUCCCCUAGGCAGCACAGGACAGUCUGCUGGACAAGUGGUGCUACCUUUGUCUUUCUUCCCCCAAGGUGGUAUUAGCAAAUGCUCUAACAUCACCCCCCACCACCACACACACUCAUGGUGUCAGUGACAUUUCCAUCUUUCCUGAGCCUCUGUGCCCUCUCAGCUACUGUUCCAUGAAAACCCUCACUAUCUGCUGCACAGCUCAUCUCUCACCAGCCUGUAAGGAGAUACUCCCGCCUCUUUUUGGAUUCUUCAAGGAGGGGUAUCCCACAACUUCUGGGGACAAAUCCGUCCACCAUCCCUACAUGGCUUGCUCCUUCCCCAACACACAGACUGAGAAGAAGUCUAAGCUAGGCUGGGUUGGGGCAAGGGCAUGUCUGGCCAUAACCUCAGACUUUCUCCGGCCACUGUCCGUUUCCAGCCCUGAGCUCCUGCCAAACUGAUUUGUGCCUCAGUAAAUGUCCUUCAGACGUCCUUUUGUUCAUUUUGGAAUCAGAGCUUCCCUUAGCUUCAACGCCCCUCCUCAUUGAGUUCCAAUCCCCCAAUCCUGCCCUGCCCCGGGCUCAGUUGCCUACUGUGGCUGGCUUAACAUUAUUUCCCAGGAGGGUUCCUAGGCCUAGGUAAAUCACUGGACUUGGCCAGGCUCUGAAUCUCCCCAAGUCUUAAGAAGCCUACAGAAGAUGCAGCAUUGCAGAAGGGUGUCGUGAUCCUGUGUGCUAUAGAAUUAUACAUACCACAGCCCCUUCGUAUCUAAAGUGCCUUGUCACUUGCACAACUGUUUUGAGCAAGAAGCUAAAAUCAGGAAAUAACAAGUCAAAAGGCUGAGCAUCAGUCCUAAGACUUCAUAAAAUAAUAUAAAUAUCCAAUAUCUAGGAAGGAAACAUAGGGCACUGGGGAACAGAGCCUUGCAGACAAAAGUGUAAUUUGCAGACAACUUCCCAGAAAAGCAGCCUUGGUAUGUGUGUGUGUCCACAGGACACUGAGCUCAGGGGCAGUCUGAAGCAGCCCCAAAGACCCAGAAAGUCCUCCUCUUGAUGAGGAGAUGGGAACCCACUGAGCAUCUCCUUAUGUGGGGUACCCUGUCGUUGCUGGGGAGGCAGAAGGGAAAUACAAUUGUUCAUUAGCCAAGUCCCUGCUUUGUAGGAGCUCAGAAUCCAAGAAAUAAUAGGGUAGAAAAGAGAACUAAGGUUACAUACUAAUAAAAAAAAAAGUGUGAAUUUUUUACAAUCUGUUAAUAAGCUUUAAUUCCACAAACCUAUUUGAGGUUGCCAGCUACAGGCAAGUCUUUAACAGCAGCUAGGAUCAUCCUUUGUCAUCAUAAAGAUAGAAACUGAGGCUCAGGGUGCCUGGCUGGCUCAGUCCAUGGAGCACCCAACUCUUGAAUUUGCGAUUGUGAGUUCGAGCCCCACACUGGGUGUAGGGAUUACUUUAAAAAUUAAAAAAAGGAAGAAAGAAAAGGAGGGAGAGAGGGAAGGCAGGAAGGAAGGGGAAAAAAGAGAAAAAAGAAAGAAAAAAGGGAGAGAGGGAAGGAAGGAAAAAAAGCAAGAGG